AUGUACGUUUUGCUAUUUCAACUAGUGAUUCUCGUAUAUGGAUAUCCAAUCUUGGAAAAUGGAUAGUUGCUAAUUGGAGCCGGAGGUUUGGCUUGUGAAAAAGACACCAUAACACACAUCAAAUUCUUGAAUGUUUACAAAGCAUAUGUUCCCUAAGUGAUCUUCGUUUUGAGUAAUCACACCAAUGAAAUGCAGUUUUCUGAUUUCGCUUUGGACAUCCAUGUUGAAUUGAUGAAAGUUAACACAACAGGAUUCACAAUCCAAGUAGUCUGCUCGAAAAGCUGCAUUAAAUCAGUACUAUACACUUGGUAUGCUUUUGGAGGAGACACCUAUGAUUCAGGAUGUUUUCCAUUGUAAGAGAAGGCUCAAGUGACAUUAGAGCAAAUUUACACGUCUCCGAUGCAGCAUUCAGUGUUCAUCUCUGGAUUUGCUGGUUUCUUCAAAUACGGUGGCAAGAAGCCAAUGCUGAAAUUAUACUCCUCUUUUGAUAAUCAAAAUCUGACCAUACAAGUCGAAUCUACCUUUUAAUAUGUGUACAUCUGCUAUAUUCUGGCCUAAGAUAUGAGUUCGACCACACUCAAUGAUACUGAAAUAGCAACUCUGGUUUAAAAGGGGACAUAUUUAGAUGACACAUUGAUAAUGGGAAUGGAAUCUUUCUAGUUGUUUGGCAACAAUCUUUAAAUACAGAUGUUGAAUGACAAAUCCUUCUUUCCGAAAUAAAUUGAAUUAACUGUCAAGGUUGCAAAACUCUAUGAUCCAACUUACAGGAGUUGUCCAAAGGUGUAUACUGAAUGUAUGUUCCAAGGAGAUCCCAUCUAUGUUUGUGAUGAAACUGUGAAAUUGACUAAUAUUUGGAAGGAGUUCAAAAGUUUAAGAGUGUAUGAUCAGAAAAUGAAAUUCAAAUUGAACAUAGUUAGCAAUGAUAACAUCUUGUGGCUUUCAGAAGAUAUUGAUUGUAGUUAUGACAUGUAUGAUUAAUUGAUGGAAUUCAAAAUAAAGAACUAACCGAUAGAGAGACAAAUUAUUCGAAAGAGGAAGAUGAUGGGAAUGCUUUACGAUGAACAAACCGACGAGGAUUAAGAAUACUCUGAAGACACUAUUUUAAUUGGUUAAGCAUGA